AUGGCGGGCGGGGGGACCGGCCUGAACGGCGCGGCAGUGGCCGUGGCUGCCUUGGAGGCCUGGAAUUCUUGCGGACCUGAGGGGUAUGUCCUCAACACGGGGAAGUUGAAGGAGGCCCUUCCGGCGAUUGCGGAGAAGAUUCCGUGCCGGGCGCGGCAGGCCCCCGAGCUGGGCCGCCUCUUUGUGGAGGAGGAUGGAAAGGCGCCAGUGUUCGUGCAGAUGCUCCGGCCACAGGAGGACCAGGUGCAUUUCCUCUACUUCUGGAAGGCCUUCGGCGAGGCGGCCCGGAUCGCUGGUGCCUUGGCCAUCGAGCACGACAGCCUGUCUGUGGAGCUUGAGAUGCUCCGAGAUCGGGUCCUGCGGCUCAUGGAGGAGGCCCUGGCUGCAGCCUCCAAGGGCGCCAAGGGCGAGCUGCCCCUCGCCGCCCUCUUUGAGGAGGCCCACCGCGCUGCCAGCAUGUCUGCGUACCCGCUGUUCUGGUCCCAGGCUGUGGCGUCCUUGGCCUCCGGGCCUGAGCCAAAUGGCAGCGUGAGCCUGGAGGAGAUGACCUACUUGCUGCUGUCCUGGCUGCAAGACUCCGCCCUCUGGGAACAUCGCGAGGAGCCGCGGCAGGAUUCUGCCCCGUCAACUUCUCAGGCUUCUUCCCGGGAAGCGAGGGAGGUCGCUGUGCAAAGGGAACCCAACGCUCCCAAGGGCCUUCCUGUCUUCCUGCAUGUCUACGACGUCUCCCAGGAGGAGGGCAUCCAGAAGCUCAAUCGCGUUCUGGCACACAAGCACUUCCCCCUGAAAUUCGGCGGAGUUUUCCAUGCUGGCGUGGAGGUGAAUAGUCUGGAGUGGUGUUUCGGCUACUCUGCCAGUGAGACGCACCCUGGAGUGGCCUGUGUGGAGCCGAGGGGGCACCCAAUGCACCACUACCGGCAGACGGUGGCCAUGGGCUAUACGACCUUGGAUGGCGAGCAAAUCGCUGACAUCGUGACGCAGUUGCUGGAGGAGUACCCCGGCCAGGACUACGACCUCCUCCGGCGCAACUGCUGCCACUUCGCCGACGACUUCACGCGCCGCCUGGGCGUCGGGGGGAUCCCAGGCUGGGUCAUGCGUCUGGCGAAGAUCGGUGCAGGUGUGGAGUCCAUGAUACAGUCGGCACCAAAGCCUAUCCGGCAGCGAUUUGGGUUCCUCACAGGAGAGGAGGACUCAGAUUAG